GCCCCUACUACCCAACCCCGAACCCCGGAGCCCCAGGUGGGGACCCUCCAUUGGACGUCCCCAAGCCUCCGGGCACCUGGCUCAGCAGGAGGCCUCCGGCUCGGGGCAGGGCAGGGCCGGCGGGGGUGAGCCGGACCCCGCCUGCCGCCCGAGCCCCGCCGAGCCCUCGGAGCCCACCGAUGGGGCACCGGCUCCGCGUGCCUCCUCGCCUGGCCGCGCCCACCCCGGCGCCCCGAGCCACGCGGAGGAAGAUCCCGGCGCAGUGACCCGGGAGCCGCCGAAGACUCAGGGAGGCUCGGGGACAGGAGCAGCAGGAGGUUCCCCGCACCUCCAGGCGCUUCCAGGCAGCUCUUCUUGCCGUGCCAGAGGCCCAGCCCGGCAUUCCCAGCCCCGAGCCAUGAUGAAGACCUUGUCCAGCGGGAACUGCACGUUCAGCGUGCCCGCCAAGAACUCCUACCGCAUGGUGGUGCUGGGCGCCUCCCGGGUGGGCAAGAGCUCCAUCGUCUCUCGUUUCCUCAACGGCCGCUUCGAGGACCAGUACACGCCCACCAUCGAGGACUUCCACCGCAAGGUGUACAACAUCCGUGGUGACAUGUACCAGCUCGACAUCCUCGAUACCUCCGGCAACCACCCCUUCCCCGCCAUGCGCAGGCUCUCCAUCCUCACAGGCGACGUCUUCAUCCUGGUGUUCAGCCUGGAUAACCGGGAGUCCUUCGACGAGGUCAAGCGCCUGCAGAAGCAGAUCCUGGAGGUCAAGUCCUGCCUAAAGAACAAGACCAAGGAGGCAGCGGAGCUGCCCAUGGUCAUCUGCGGCAACAAGAACGACCACGGCGAGCUCUGCCGCCAGGUGCCCACCACCGAGGCCGAGCUACUGGUGUCAGGGGACGAGAACUGCGCCUACUUCGAGGUGUCGGCCAAGAAGAACACCAACGUGGAUGAGAUGUUCUACGUGCUCUUCAGCAUGGCCAAGCUGCCGCACGAGAUGAGCCCCGCGCUGCACCGCAAGAUCUCCGUGCAGUACGGCGACGCCUUCCACCCCAGGCCCUUCUGCAUGCGCCGCAUCAAGGAGGCCGACGCCUACGGCAUGGUCUCGCCCUUCGCCCGCCGCCCCAGCGUCAACAGUGACCUCAAGUACAUCAAGGCCAAGGUCCUCCGGGAGGGCCAGGCCCGAGAGAGGGACAAAUGCACCAUCCAGUGAGCGGGGACGCUGGGGCGGGGCUUGGGCAGUGCCUUAAGGGAGGUGGCCCCAGAUGCCCCCUGCCCACAUCCCCCCAACAAGGCCCCAGCGGCAGAAUUGUUCGAGGACCUUUGGCACAGACGGAGGCUCCCGGGCGCUCAGCUCUGUACGUUCACCGCCUUCUCACCACUUCCCUCCGAGUCCUCUUGGCCAUGGUUUCAGCUCCUCGGUGGGACAUCACAUCCCUGUAGGACAGGAGACAAGUUUGCGCAACGCGGAGCCUUCCUGCCCUUGGGUUGGAAGAAACGCUGAUGCCAGAGAGACCAGGGUUCCUGCAUCCGGUGGAGCCUCCUGGGGCAGGUCGCAGGAUGAAAACAACACCCGGGAGCCGGACGGGAGAGGUCUCCGCUGUCGUGGGAGACCCAGCUUGGUCUGGGUGGCAGCUGGGGAACCGCCUCCCAAUCCUGCAACUCCUGCCCUCUGGCGCAGCCCUGUCUACCCCCCUCCCCUGCACAUGCACACGCGGGUCGGCCCCACCCCUGGCAUGGGGCUCCUUUGAAGGGGCGUGGCCGUGCACUUAGACCACGCCCAUCUCUUGACCUCCAUUCUCAGCCUCCUCUCCCAGGUCCCUCCCUUGAUGCUGUGCUUCGUUGUUGCAGCCAUUGUCAUGCUGUGUGUAGCAGUAGACAUGGGAGUCGUCGUACUGUACGAGCCUAGUCACCCCUCCUGGGCCGGCCUCGCCCACUUCAGGUCCACUGCCUCUGCCGGGGACACCUCCUUCCCCACUCGCAGACGGGGCUCCCUCGGCCUGUCUGCAGCUAGACACUGACCUCCGUGCUGAGCUCCACAGUUUACAGACACUUGCACAAGCGUGGGGCGGGCAGGCCAGGGCGGCUUCUCCUUCAUCCUCCCAUUUCACAGAGGAGACAACAGAGAUUCGGGGGAAAGCGACGUGCCCCGGGCCCCACCCCUGUGCCCUAGCUAGUUCAGGACAGAGCUCUGCUUAAAACUAGGCCAUCUUCUCCUGUGCUUGUUCCUCAGGCAUUUAUUGAGCACCUACUGGGUGCUGGGUCCACUGUGUGCUAGGAAACAAAGAGGGUCCCCAGCCCUGGCCUCCGCUCCACCACCUUCAGCACUCGCAGUGGUUGGCAAGAGCAGUGGGGGAGGGCAGAGCUGAGCUGGGAGAGGUCUGGCAGAAAGCUCCUAGGGGGUCUUUUCCUUGCGCCCAGGGUUGGGCUAUGCCGGAUACCACCAUGGACUCAGGCAUGGUGGGCUUUGAACCUGUAAACCAAAGGCCCAUGUCACAGGUCUUAACAAAUAUAUUUUGUAUUUUAAUCUCCUUAAAAAUAUCGAUGUGUAGGGCCAGAGGGAACGUUAGUGAUCAUCUGGUGAGUCUCUCUGAGGCCCAGAGAGGGUAAGUAACUUGCCCCAGGCCACACAGCAAGUCUGUGAGUGGCAGAAGCAGACUGGCUCUGGGCGUUCAGUGCACUCCACAGUGUGCCCCUCUUCUGAUGGUGUCUAACCCCCAACCCUCUCCCUAGGUCAGUUGUGAGGGUUCCUAUAGAUACUGUGUACAUCAUGCCCAUGUAUAUACAUGUACACACAUGUGGAACACAGACGUACACAUGCCCCGGCCCAGCUCUGCAUACCUACACCUGCACCCAGCCCUGGCCCCUGUCUGUGUCUGUGCUCAAAGCAGCAGCUCCGACCCUCGCUCCGUCCCCCCCACCCCCGACGAGCAGACCAGACCAGGUACCUUGGCCACGCGGGUGUGUGGCUGGCCUCACCGGGUCACAGCCCCUGCCCUGGGUCUCCGUGUGCGCUAUCAAUUAAAAUGGGUUUGUUACAAA